UGAGAGUACGCGACAUGGCGACCACGGGGUUUACACUUUCUCCAACUUCAACGUUGUUUUUAACAGUCUUUCUUGCCGUUUUAACUCUCACAGUCUGUCUACAAGUUCCCCUGUAUAAUUCACAAGACCAGCGAAGUUUAGGAUGGACGACCUACCAUGAAACAUCGUCAGUACAACCAGAGUGGACAGAGACUGGUCCAAGUGGAGGAAGGCGUUAUCAAAUUUGCCGUUUUGCCAAUGGUGGGAGGCAAAAUAACUGGCUUCGGACUACGUGGAUUGAUGCGAAACAAGCCAACCGAGUGGCUGUUGAGAUUGACUUUUCGAUGCGAGAAUGUGUUGAUAUUCCAGGUGCUGUGUCUUGCAAGGAAACAUUUGACUUGUACUAUUAUGAGACUGAUAGUGAUAACGCUGACCAGAACUGGCCUCCAUGGUCAUCGCCCCCUUACAACAAAGUUGAUCGUAUUGCAGCUGAUGGACGUUUUACACAUGACACAGAAGUGAUCAAUACGAAAACCCGACAUUUUGGACCAAUAACACGCAAUGGAUUUUAUUUAGCAUUUCAAGACCAAGGAUCAUGUCUGGCUAUUCUCAAGCUGAAAGUAUAUUAUCUAGCCUGUCAAGAAAUCACCAUGAACUUUGCCUAUUUCCCGAAGACUCCAGCUGGACCAAAAUCCACAGCACUUGUGCAAGUUACAGGUGAUUGCAUUGACUUCUCACAACCGAUUGGACCAGAGAAUCCUGUGUACCAAUGUCAAAGUGAUGGCACAUGGACUUUGAUAGAUGGGAGUUGUGCCUGCUCUCCUGGCUAUGAAGCAACUAGUGACCGAGCUUGCCAAGCUUGUUUUGCCGGAGAGUACAAAGUAAACAUUGGUAAUUCAGCAUGUAAAGCUUGUCCUGCACAGAGUUAUUCUCUAAGCCAGGCCUCUGCACAAUGUCUAUGCACAGAAGGCUACUACAGAGCAAACAAAGACCCUGUUUCUGAUCCAUGUACAGCACCUCCAUCUGAGCCAACUGGUGUACGAGCAACUGUCAGUGAGUCCUCGGUGGUUACGUUGUUUUGGAAUCGACCACAUAACACUGGUGGACGUAUAGACAUUUUCUAUAGAAUAGAAUGUGAACUGUGUCAUGGGGAUCAAUGUCAACCAUGUUCUUACACAGUACAGUAUUCACCAACACAGUACGGACUGACAUCUUCGUCUGUUAACAUCAGCAGACUCGACUCUUACACUGAGUACAGAUUUAAAGUGUAUGCAGAAAAUGGCGUGUCCAGAUUGAGUGGUAUUGAAAGUUAUGCAACAGUGAAUGCUACUACCUCCUCAGCUGUUCCGUCGACGGUUAGAGCUGUUAGAGUCACCGCUGAGACUGAAAACACAAUUGAGCUACAAUGGCUUGUACCAGAGUUUCCGAACGGUGAGAUUCUAGAGUAUGAAAUACGUUAUCAUCCUCAAGCUGCCAGCGUCGAAGGAAGUAAAUACCAAGUAUCCAAGCCAUCUAAUACUGGUACCCAGAAUGCAAUUGUCAGCCAAUUGGAGCCUGGUACGGACUAUUCAUUUGAGAUCCGUGCCCGCACAGAAGCUGGAUUUGGAGUUUAUAGUUACCCAACAACAGCCAAAACAUCAGGUGGUACUAGUGUUCCAAUCGAAGCCAUUGCUGGAUCCAUUGCUGCUGUCGUGAUCAUUCUUAUUCUGGCAAUUCUUAUCAUUUUUAUCAUCAUGUCCCGCAGACGCAAAGGAUACGAAUUGCGUGAUACAAGCACGGUAUAUACAAAUGGUGAAGUUUUGUUGCCACCAUCUAAUAAAGGCAAGACUUACAUUGAUCCUCAUACAUAUGAAGAUCUCAACUUGGCUGUUAAGGAAUUUGCUAAAGAAAUAUCAGCUACCUAUGUCAAGAUAGAGGAAGUUAUUGGAGGUGGUGAAUUUGGUGAUGUCUGUCGAGGUAUGCUAAAGAUGCCAAGAAGAGAGCCAAAAAUUGUUGCCGUCAAAACGUUGAAACCAGGAGCUAGUUUGAAAGAUAGAAAUGAUUUCCUGACAGAAGCUUCUAUUAUGGGACAGUUUGAUGAUCCAAAUGUGAUCAGAUUAGAAGGUGUCAUCACAAAAUCAAGACCUGUUUUGAUUGUUAUUGAGUACAUGGAGAAUGGUUCUUUGGACAGAUUUCUGAGGAACAAUGAUGGAAAAUUUACUGUUAUACAAUUAGUUGGAAUGUUACGUGGUAUAGCGUGUGGUAUGCGAUAUCUCUCUGAGAUGAACUACGUGCAUCGUGACCUAGCAGCCAGGAAUAUAUUAAUCAAUCAUCGCUUGGUUUGUAAAGUUGCAGAUUUUGGACUUUCCAGAAUCAAAGAGGAAGGUGCUUAUGAAACAAAGGGAGGAAAGAUUCCUAUAAGGUGGACGGCACCAGAAGCAAUAGCUUACAAGAAAUUUACAUCAGCAAGUGACGUUUGGAGUUACGGUAUAGUCAUGUGGGAAGUAAUGUCAUAUGGUGAACGGCCAUAUUGGAAUUGGUCAAAUCGAGAUGUCAUCAAGUCAGUUGAGAAAGGUUACAGACUGCCACCACCGAUGGACUGCCCACAAGCAUUACACCAACUUAUGCUCGAUACAUGGCAAAAGGACCGUAUCAAUCGACCUACAUUUUUAAAUAUUGUGAAUACGCUUGACAGGCUUAUUAGGAAUCCAUCAACUCUUAAAAAUAUCAUUAAAGCUAGGCCGUACAAUCCUCUUGACCCGAGCACACCUGAUAUGACACAGUUUAGAAGCGUUGCUGAAUGGCUGGAAAGUAUAAAGAUGGGGCGAUACAUUAACGCAUUUGCUGAAGCAGGGUACCUGAAAUUAGACGAUGUUGUGCGAUUGAUGCUGCAUGACUUGCCAAGGAUAGGAAUAACAUUAGUGGGACACCAAAAGAAAAUAAUGAACAGUAUUCAGGCACUUCGAACGCAAAUGGGCAAAGAUAACGUGAUACCUGUGCUUGUAUAGCUGCACAUACAAGGGUACCCACCGUGCCUUGAUAGCGAUGACAGUGACACGUGAUUAUAAAUGGCAUGUACAUGGGUACCUAUGUUUGUAUGUAUAGCUACACCAUCAGGGGUACCCGCAGUGUACUUGCAAAGUACUGUAUAUGUAUAUGCAAAUUAUAUGCAAAUGUGACAUUUGUUGCGUCACUGGGCAUGCUCAGAUGAUAAAUUCAAUGGAUUUCUUCCCAUGAUUCUUUGCUGAGACAGAGGUCAUUGAGCAUGUUCAGUUCAGAAAAAACUAUAGUUGCACAGUGUAUGUGGUGUUUUAUAAUAAAGAUAUGGUAGUGAUUUAAAAAAUA